CCUAUCCAAAUCAUUAUAUAAUGAAAAUUUUUGUUGAUUAUAUUCAUAGAGAACUGAGUAUUGUUGAGUAUUUAGGAAAUUUCUAGAGUUCAUUAAAUUUGGUUUUUCUUUUGGUGGAGAGCAAAGUGCUGUGUAAACAUAUCCCAAUAAUAUUUUGAAUAAUUUAAGAUACUUUUACAUAUUAGAUCCUUACAAAGUGAGUCAACAUGGCAAUGCAGUAUUCUUACAAAUACUCAUAAUUUAUAUUCAUAUAUCAAUCCCUUUGAUCCCUUUAACUGCAGUGAAUAAAUAAUGUUCACCACUGGAGCUGACUUUCUGCAUCAGAGAAACCCUAAUUAUCAUAGAUACCAAUUGUAUGCAUGUGGUCAAGAACAUGAGCUUAUGACAUGAAGGCUCUAGUUUACAGAUGUGUGCCUGGUUUCAUGGUAUGUUCAGUUGAAUGAGAUGAAGGCAGACCAGAUUUACAGACCAGAAUCGCCUGACUUCCUUCAAGCACUAAAGAUGAUCACGAGUGAAUUCAGGAAAGCUGGCGAGAGGAUCUUUUCAGUGGAGCUUAGGGAGAAAAACAUACAAUGAAUUUGAUUGUACUCUGUCUUUACCAUUACUUGGGAAGUUGAGAACUGUUUACCUGUGAGACUUUGUCAUUGAUCCCUAAGAUGAUGGUGUUUACAGUUAUAAUUUAAAAAUGAUUUUGGAACCUUUGGUUCACAUUGUUCAUUAGUCAAACCACAACUAGGCCAAUGGCCACUUAAGAAGUGAUUUAACUGAGUCCCGAAACAGUCAACCUACCAGGUGAUCCUUCACGUACUGAUAAUGAACUUUUAUUCCGAGGACUCCCUCAGCCCUCUGCUGUUUCCUAACACGCCUCCCUCUCCUGCUUCCCUUCCCCAGAUACAUUCUUUCCUGAAUGUAAAUCACUUCACCCAAACUCUGAGUAAUUACAACUCACUGGGUUCCAUCUUAAGUAUGAUACAGACUUUUAGGAAAAGAAGAGGCUUAUUUGGGACCAAUAAGUUCUGCCAGAUGGACCCCGUGCAGAAAGCAGUCAUUAACCACACAUUUGGAGUCUCCAUUCCCCCAAAGAAGAAACAAGUUAUUUCCUGUAACGUCUGUCAGCUUCGCUUUAACUCGGAUAGCCAGGCCGAGGCCCACUACAAAGGAAGUAAACAUGCCAAGAAGGUCAAAGCUCUAGAGGCAACGAAAAAUAAACCCAAAAUGGUUCCUUCCAAGGACAGCGCAAAGGCUAAUCCCAGCUGCUCCAUCAGGCCAGGCACAGGCGACAGCUCUGACAAAUCAGAAGACAAAGGGAAGAUAAAAGCCACAAGUUCCAGUCAGCCCUCAGGCUCCGAAGGAGGCUCCUUUCUCCUCAAAUCUGGCACAACACCCCUGCCACUUGGAGCCAUCGCGUCUCCCUCCAAGAGCACAAACGGCGCUCCAGGGUCUGUUGCUGAGUCAGAAGAAGAAAAAGCCAAAAAAUUACUCUACUGCUCACUAUGCAAGGUGGCUGUGAACUCCCUGUCACAGCUGGAGGCUCACAACACAGGAUCUAAACACAAGACCAUGGUUGAGGCUCGUAAUGGAGCUGGUCCAAUUAAGUCCUAUCCAAGACCUGGGUCAAGAUUAAAGGUACAGAACGGCAGUAAGGGCUCAGGACUACAGAACAAAACGUUUCAUUGUGAGAUCUGUGAUGUUCACGUGAACUCAGAGAUUCAACUCAAACAGCACAUUUCAAGCCGAAGGCAUAAAGACCGUGUGGCAGGAAAACCGCUGAAGCCGAAAUACAGCCCCUACAACAAGCUGCAGCGGAGCCCAAGCAUCUUAGCUGCAAAGCUUGCAUUCCAGAAAGAUCUGAUGAAGCCUCUGGCCCCUACGUUCCUGUCUUCACCCCUGGCGGCCGCAGCCGUGUCCUCUGCGCUGUCGCUGCCACCUCGGCCAUCCGCCUCUCUGUUCCAGGCUGCAGCCAUCCCUCCUGCGCUGCUGAGGCCUGGCCACGGGCCCAUCCGGGCCACGCCUGCCUCCAUCCUCUUUGCCCCUUACUAAACACCCAGAGCCCGCGACAGGCCAGGCCAGUGGGAAGGUGUAGAAGAAAAGCCCAAAGGAUUCAGCAGUAUAAGCCCUGUGUGUGACUGUAAGUACCCCACCCACCCACUCACAAAGUGCAGGCCACCGCCCAGCCCCACCUCCAGGGACAAAAGGAGGCCAGGCUCAAGAGCGUGUCUCUUCCGGUGCCCUCUCCAUCCUACCCCAGCCAAUUGGUGUAUUUGAGAUUCUUAAGUUUCUUGGAAAUAUAUUGAUCAGAGAAAGAAAACCGACCCUGUGUGUUCCCAUGGCGUAACGAUCUGGCUUAGAAACAAAAUAGAAUCUCUUCCUGACAGACUUGAACAGUAGGCUCUUCCUCGGAUGUCUGUAAAUAACUCCAGAAUCCAAGCGGGCAUAUUCUAGUGUGGAACAAAAGUCCAUCGCAAGUGCUUAAUUGUGGAUGCCAUCCUCCCCACGGCUCAUGGAGGUUUUUUUUUUUUCUUUUCUGGUGUACUAGUGUCCACAGGGAUUGUGUACUGUUCUAGACCCGAGUACUGUUGUACCCUGCGUAGUACUAGAUCGUAACCCUCGUUGAAUUAAACUUUUUUUUCAUUGCUGUGUAAUUGUUAGGAAGCAAAGUAGCUUUGAAAAUUUUUCUCUUUAAGAGAACAAAAGAUAAUGUAUUUUCUUUAUUUCAUGUUUUAUUUGGAGAUAUUUAAACGAAAUAGAAAGCCAUAUAACAUAGCUAUAAUUACUACCUGUUUGCUAUUUUUGUUUUUAACUUAUUUUUGUAGCAUCCUCACUGGUUUGAGUUGCUAAGCAAAUGUAUACAAAAAAGACAAAAAACAAACAAACAAACAAAAAAAGAGCUUCCUAAAUUGCACAUUUUUGCACCUUCUGUGCAUCUGCAAGAAGACAGUGAAUCCGUGUAUUUCUACAUAAUGAUCUUCACUUUAAACUUCUGUUUCCCAUUGGUAGCAAUGCUACACAACUCUGUGGCUCCCUGAUGCAAUAAUGUACAGAAGAUAUAUAAUUUAUAAAUUGAACAAUCUGUCUUUCUGUUCAAUGACUGUGUCGCAGGUCAUGUGACCAUGCUUCCCCUCCCCCACCCCUCCCCCCUAAUACUCCCCCCCAAAAAAACUGUUGUUAAGAAGACUGGAAUGUUGUGAUAUCAGGGGCAAGAGGUAUCAUAAAACAACAACAUAGAGUGAACUCUUUUAGAGGGCCUAUAUCUGCAAUCUGUAAAUGGUAAAAUGUCUGUGUAUUUUUUUAAAUGUACCUUUUCAAUAAAAGUACCAA